CAAUUUCACGAGAUUUAUGGACCUUGGCACCCUUUUUUCAUAAAUUAUAUUUCUGGCGGUCGCGUCAUUCCACUAAGUGAGGAUGCACAUUCAUUGCCCAAAGCUUAUGGAGGCCAAGUUACCCGAGUUGCCGAAGAUGCUUGGUGGUGAGGUGACGCUGAAUUCCACGAACCCACAUGCGCGGCGCUUUUCCUCGAUGGUCGCUGUAGCGAAGUUGCCGACAUCGACCAUCGGAGAACGAUCUCUCGAUUUCAGUGCAGUCCCACUAAUCUCCCGGCCGGUUUGGAUCGACAACAACCAGAUCGCGAUUGAGGAUAGCAGUGGAAACAUCACCAUCCUUGACUUCGGUAUGCAACCCCUAAGGGUUGGUACUCUUUCUGUCCCUCGAAAUCUCCACUACGAUCGGUACGGGGAAAUGGCACUCUCUGUUGAGCCAUCCAUUCGGUAUUUCUCAUCGCCUUCCUCUGGUAGCCCCCCUGAAUCCCGUCGUUCGACCACUCCUCUCCGUCACAUGCUUGGGUUCUCACCCGGAAGUCGACAGGUUGGCGUUUGCGGCGGGAACCACGCUUUCGUGUGGUCAACAGAUUCUUGCCAGUUGAUCGCUCAAUAUCUCGUACCAGACAUCACGACUUGGGUCCUCAGUUCCAGUGUUAUGUUCCCCUCAUAUCUCGUCCCGAAUCCUAUAGUCGCUCCUUGUAUACCAGAUCUGCAUCAGACCCAGGCCAUCACUCUGAUGAGCCCUGGUUGAGGUGCCCAAAGAACAUGACUUGUCGAGGUACUGAGUCGAGGCAUAUAGGGCCCAAUUCUAGCGCAUACACGGCACAAGCAGGCCAGCUGGCGAUGUAUAUAUAUCAGUGAUUCCCACCCCAUGCAAUGUUGGCCUCGCGUGCAUGAACAGCGCCCAAAUAUCGCGAGUUCGUUGGCAGAGUCGGUAGUGGUAAAGUUCAACGG